AUGGCGUCCUCCUCUCCGGGCUUGGCCCGGUCCCCCCUCAAAACCAGCAGCAGCAGCAGCAGCAGCAGCAGCAGCAGCAGCAGCAGCAGCAGCAGCAGCUCGUACGACUCUGCGGGCUGGUGGAGCCGUUUGUUUUUCUCUUGGCUGUCCCCCGUGAACCUGCGGUGUCUGGGGGGCUCUGUGCUGCCGCAGGAGCUGCCGGGCUUGCCAGCAGCAGAUCUGCAGCAGCUGCAGCAGGGGCCCCUGGGGGCCCUCCUGCUGCAGGAGGAGAAGACCCGGGGGGCCCCCUCGGUCUUGCGGGCCACCCUGAGGCUCUUCUGGGGGCCCCUCGCCACGGCCUUUGCCUGGGCUGUUCUUAAGGAACUUCUCAGCUUUGCAAACACUUUGCUGCUUCGACAAAUUUUAAAAACUGAACAAAUGGACUUCCCCGGCUUUUGGGCUCGCGGCCUUGCUGCUGCUGCAGCGCUGUCUGUGCUGCAGCUGCUGCUGGUCUUUCUGGACAGCCACUUGGACUUUUAUAUUUGUCGCAUUUCCGUUCGAGUGGAAGCAGCUUUAUUAAAUUCUCUUCACGAAAGAAUUCUGAACUUCGAAAAAAGUCCCGAGUUGGCGCUGGUGGCGCCGGGGUCAGCAGAUCUCGUGCUGCUGCCGCUGCGCAUUGGGCUGGCUUCGCUGCUGCUGGCUAUGCAGGUUGGCUCCAGCUGCUUGCCAGCAGUUUUGACUUUACUUGUAAUUGUUUUUUUUGCGAUUUGUUUGGAGGCCUACAACAGCAGUUUGAAAGUGCCUUUUAUGGCCCUAAACAUGAAAGCUGAACUUGUUAUUCCCGUUAUUCAUGUUAUGGACAACUUUGUGGGGCCCCUUGCAGACUUGCCCUACACUUUGUCCACUUUAAUUGAAGGCCAAAUUUCCCUAAGUCGAAUCAAACACUUCAUUUUCACUUCGCACCCAGCAGCAGCAGCAGCAGCAGCAGCAGCAGCAGCAGCAGCAGCAGCAGACGCUGCUGCUGCGGUGGAGGCCGAGCAGCAGCCCCUGCUCAGUACUCGCCAGAGAGAAGAUGGAGAAGAAGAAGAAGACGCAAUGCAGGAACAAGAGCUGCUCGAUAUGGCCCAGCAGCUGCUGCAGGCUAUACAAGAUCCAACGCUGAGGGUCCUCAUGAUAUCUGCUUCUUUCUCUUGGCACCCUGGCCCUGUCUGCACGCCCGAAGCCUCCCCCGUGAGCCCCCCAGCGGUCUCCAGCAGCAGCAGCAGCAGCAGCAGCAGCAGCAGCAGCAGCAGCAGCAGGUUGUGUCUGAGCAGCAUCAACUUGGAGCUGAAGUGCGGCGAAGUGGUCCUCGUCACGGGCCCCCCCGGGAGCGGGAAGAGCAGCCUAAUCCAGGCAGUGCUGCGUCGUUUGGAGCUGCAGCAAACUGGAGGGGCGCUGUACAUAGCAGCAGCCCCAGCAGCAGCAGCAGCAGCAGCAGCAGCAGCAGCAGCAGCAGCAGCAGCAGCGCCUGUGGGCUUCGUGCCGCAGGAGCCCUGGCUGUGCGGGGGCACCGUGCGGGAAAACAUAACCUUCGGAGAGCCCUUUGAAAGCAGCACUUAUGCUGCAGUGGUGUCUGCCUGCGAGUUGGGGGCGGACUUCAGCAGCUGGGCGCACGGAGACCUGCGGAAAGUGGACGAGGGGGGCCUCGAUUUGAGCGGCGGGCAGCGCGUUCGAAUCGGCAUUGCUCGAGCUGUUUACUGCUGCAAACUGCACGAGCUGAGGACUCGAAAAAGUCCAGAAAAAUCAAAAAUGGCGAAAAAAGAAGUGCGGCGACGCGCGGCGGCGCGGCUGGAGUCUGAGGUGUACAGACACCUCGCGGCGGCGGCGGCGCGGCGCCGGCGCGCGCCGCGACUGCGCACUUUUUUGGAAAUGGAAAUUAAAAAGGAAAAGGAAAUGCAAAAUGAAAAAGAAUUGCAAAAAGAAUUCCAAAAAAGCAGCUCCGAACUCGGCUGUUUGCUCUGCUUCGACGAGUGCUUCAACAGCCUCGACUUGGCCGUCGCCGCAAAUCUCUUUCAAAACCUCUUCGGCCCAAAAGGCCUUUUGAAAAACUCCGCAGUUCUAGUUUGCCUCAACGACAACUCCCUCAUAGGCCUCAUGCGCCAGCAGCAGCACCAGCAGCAGCAGCAGCAGCAGCAGCAGCAGCAGCAGCAGCAGCAGCAGAUGCGCUUCACCAUUUGCAGACUCGUCAAGGGCGCCAUUGCCUGGCGCGGCGGCGUCGCGGAAUUCACUGCAGCUCUCGGCGCCCCAGCACCUGCAGCAGCAGCAGCAGCGGGAGCAGCAGCAGCAGCAGCAGCUGCAGCAGCAGCAGCAGAGGAGCCGCUGGGCACCAUUGAGAACAUUUGGGCGGAACAGGACAGCAGCAGCAGCGAGGCGGCGGGUGUACGUACACCUGAGCAGCAAGCUGCAGCAGAGCCCGAAGCUGCUGCAGAUCUUUUUGCAGAAAUAAAAACUGAAAGAACAAUUCCUCCAACUGAAGAAACUGAAAGUGGAGUAGUUGGGCUGAAGUCUUAUUUGUGGUACUUGAGACAAACUGGAAGAUUUUUGUCCAUUUCUUUUUUCUUAAUUGUCAUUUUUGGAAGCAUUUCAGAUGUGCUGAGUGACCUCUGGCUCGCGCGCUGGACAACAAUGGAGUCCCCAGCAGACUCCGACGCAGCAGCAGCAGCAGCAGCAGCAGCAGCACCAACCAGCAGCAGCAGCAGCAGCAGCAGCAGCAGCCUGCUCGCCGCUCUUGUGCACGAGCGCUUCCUGCUUGUCUUCAUCGGGCUGUCUUGUUUGAACAUGACUUUUGAACUUUUUGAAAAAGUUGUGGGAGUGAAGGGCUCGAUGAGAGCAGCGCGGAAAGUGCACGAGCAGCUGUGGUGGGGUGUAUGUACAGCGCCGCUGUGGUUCUACGCGCGCAACCCCGUGGGGCGCAUUCUGAAUCGGUUUGCGAGCGACAUUUCAAUAAUUGAUUUUGGAAUUUUGCGGAGAAUUGGUUUUUCGUGCACUGCCGCAGUGUCUUGCGCGCUUUCGAGCUACUUGGAAGACACAGCGCCCGAGCCAGCAGCAGCAGCAGCAGCAGCAGCAGCAGCAGUUUCUGCUGCUGUUCUCCCGCAGACCCGCACCGGAGUGCAGUUCAUUAAUGUGGAAAUCCGCUACCGUACAUACACCCCAGAAGACGAGGGAGUUCUCAGCGAAGUAGCCCCAGAAGGGCCCACAGGGGGCCCCCCGGGGGCCCCCCCGGGGGCCCCCCCGGGGGGCCCCCCAGGGGCCCCCCCAGGGGGUCCGAGGGACCUGGAAGCCGACGGCGCAGCAGCAGCAGCAGCAGCAGCUGCUGCUGCUGCUGCUGCUGCUGCGCCUCGGCGGCCAGCGUAUCUGCUGAAGCCAAGCAUAAUGGACUUCUCCGCAGAAGUGAAGACUGGAGAAAGAAUUGGAAUUGUGGGGCGGACGGGGGCUGGGAAGUCGACGCUGCUGCAGGCGCUCUUCGGGCUGCUGCCGUGCCACAAGGGGCAGCUGCUGCUGGACGGCGUUUUGUUGUCUUCUUUGUCUCGAGAUUUAAUUAAAUCCAUUAUUGGCUUUUUGCCACAAAGGGCUCUUGUCUUCGAAGGAUGGACUCACGUACACUCGGAAGCCACUCUCUGGAAAGCUCUGCGGGCUGUUGGCCUCGAAGAAUUAAUUUCUUCUCUUCCGGGAGGUUUGCAGCUGGACACAGUGGUUGCUGCAGACACAGCAGCAGCAGCAGGCUUCAGCAGCAGCAGCAGCAGCAGCAGCAGCAGCAGCAGCAGGUGCACGCUCUCGGCCCGCCAGCUGCGCUACUUGGCUCUGGCUCGCCUCAUUGCAGACGAAGACAAACUCCGCGUGGUGCUCAUUGACGAGCCGCCUGCAGAAGAGCUGUGGGGCGAAGUCAUCGGCAACAACCUGCAGCAGCAGCAGCAGCAGCAGCAGCAGCAGCAGCAGCAGCAGCAGCAGCAGCAGCAGCAGCAGGAGGGGGAGGAGUCUGCCCUUGGGGAAAAUGGCGGAGCGCCGCAGCGCGGCGUGCCGGGCCCCCUCGGUGCUGCCUCCCCCCCCCCAGCAGCAGCAGCAGCAGCAGCAGCAGCAGCAGCAGCAGCAGCAGCAGGGGGGCGCUCAACUGGGGAAAUUCUUUCGCAGCACUUGCUGCAGUGCUGCGUCUUCGUAGUGGCCCACCACCUCUCUUCCUUGCGGGGCUGCCAGCGGGUGUGGGUGUUGGCUGGGGGCCGGAAGGUGGGGGAGUGCAGUCCCGGGGAAAUAGACUCGGAGUUGAAGUUUCGACUUUUCGUAAAAAAGUGCCUCCAAGGCCAAAAAUGA